CCAUAAAGCAGACUGAUUGACGUUACAUUUGUCAAACUUUAUAGUGCAUACAUUUUGUAUAAAUCGCAUUUUUAACAAAAUCGAAGUUCCGUGUUUUCUUAAAUCAUUAGGAUUAAAUAGAAAUUAGUAAAGCUAGCUAAAUAGUUGUUAAUAAAAUGAGCACUAGCGGCGAUUCACAACCUUAUCUGAAUGAUUUCAUGAUGCGAGACGAUGAGGAUGUCUCAGGUGAUGAUGAGUCCGAUAAUAAACAUAGCGGUGGUAAUUACAUGCUGCGUGAACAGGAUCGUUUUCUGCCUAUUUGUAACAUCAUCAAAAUCAUGAAGGUGCCUGUGCCGGAGAAUGGCAAAAUCGCUAAAGACGCCCGCGAAUGCAUACAGGAGUGCGUUUCAGAAUUCAUUUCGUUUAUAACUUCAGAGGCGAUAGAGCGUAGUAUUGCAGAAAAUCGAAAGACAGUGAAUGGGGAUGAUUUACUGUAUGCAUUUGCAAAUUUGGGUUUCGAUAACUACGUAGAUCCAUUGUCUAUGUACUUGCACAAGUUUCGUGAGUCUACCAAAUCGGAUCGUAAUUUAUAUAAUGAACCCAAUAUGCUGCAAGACGACUCAUCGACCGAAUUUCCAACAAUUGCGGACAACAGUAAUUCUACAAUAACAGCGAAAGCAUUAACAACAUUAGCGGGAACACUGACAAAUACAAAUCCUGCGGUCAUCACCACCAAUUCUGUGGCCGGUACUGCAAAUACCUUUUCGGAUGUGAAAUUGUUCGAAAUAAUCGAAACAAAUCAGCAGCAGCAUCGUCAACAAAAUGGUAUUCACGACAUAUUGCCCACUCACGCUAUCACAAUAACACCGACAUCAACAUCGACCUCAGGCGCGUCAGUUAACUUAUUAAGCACAGGUUGUAAUCAAACAAGCGACAGUGUCAGCAAUACGAACGCAACAUUAGCAUCCGUGCGACGAUCGGCGCGUCUGCAAACACGUCCCCAGUUGCCGGUAAUAACGACUGUAGCGAAUGAAAUACCGAGUAGUAUCAUGAAUGCCGCCGACCAACUGAUAUACUUUGAUGCCGAUGAAUUGCAUCAACAUGUUUUGCAACAACAACAACAUCAACUUAAUAAUAGUGGCAAUCAUUUCAUGCAAAUGUAAAGGGCAAAUAUUCAGUAGACGAAUUUUUCUAGAACGUUGAUGUCAUUAAUUCUAUUAAUUUAUUGUCAUAAACUAAAAUUCUUGUUGUAAGUGCAGAAAAUUUUUUUCUAUUAGUUUAAACGACAAUGUGCAAAACUGACAAGCGCAAAUUAUUGGCAACAACUCCUACAACAAAUAACUAAAACUGAGAAACGUAAAUUGGGAAUAGAGACGUAUUAAAAUUUAAGAUAUUCGAUUUAUUUAGUGUACCUAAUUUGGGAGUUUGGAACUUAUUCAACGAAGUUGAUAUCACAAGAAAAAAUCGCAAAAACAAAAAUACAAUGGGAAAUAUUUAAAAUAUUAUAUAAAUCAAUUGUUAAUUUGUGUUUUACAUAUUCGGAAUAUAAACUUUUUAUGCUAUUUCCAUUAUUAUGUAUACAUUAUUUUAUCAUUUUUUCUAAAUUAAUAGUUGGCAUUAUUGAAAAUAAACUUAGACUUUUAUGGUUGUGUUUAUUGAAAAAUUCAUACAAAGAUAUGGGAGGCGUUAAUUUAAACAAAAAUGUACUCAUCACUUUAAUUUAUAAUAAAUUGUGUAUACAUAUGUCCACUUAGAUCCACAUAUGUAUGGCCCAUUUAACCAUUAGAAAUAAAUAA